CAUCUCCUUAAGGCAUCUUACACAUCCAACCACAGAGGCAGGAAACAGGAAAUGUACAUGUUCUGUACAGCUAAGGGAGAAUGAAAGAAACUUCGUACCUGAUCACAAAGACGCCAACAUGCAGAAACACAACUUUAUGUUGCCUUUAUUUCUGUUGCUCAGCGAAAGACCUGCUUGCUGUGGCUCUACAACAGCACCGGCAGAUGAAGAAUAUUCAGGGCAUGGCUUGACAUCACCUGUUACCACAGAAGUACCUGUACUGAAUACACUGGGAUCACCUACAUCUGUUAUGAUUUUGACAACUAGCGACCAGGGUGUGCAAACUGCCGCUACAUCCACAGAAGCAGAGAAUUCGGAAAUGGAAACCACUGCCUCUGCAGAAAUGGAAGACCUACAUCCUGCUUUGAUAUACGGAGUCCCGGCUGCUCUGCUUCUAGUCCUGAUUGUUUUGCUGGUUGUCUUCAUUGUAAGACGUUGGAAGCAGAAACCACCCAAGCAAGAGGAACUAGCAAGUGAAAGCUGUAAAAGUCCUAUUUUUGAAGAAGACACACCCUCUGUAAUGGAAAUAGAGAUGGAAGAGCUUGAUAAAUGGAUGAGCAGCUUAAAACGAAAUACUGAAUGUGAAUAUUUGCCUUCCGUGAAAGAAGAAAAAGACUGCAAUGCCAGCCCAAGUGACUGCGAAUCUUGAAAUCAAGAAGGCAUUAUAUGGAUUGAAGGAAGAAACAGCAAACCUUACAAUUCCUGAGAUCUGGGUGAUCUGGAUUUGAGUUUCCUUUACCUGAAACAGUCAAGGAUGCUAAUGCAUUUGUCCUUUCCUGCUGCUUCUGUUCCUCAUCAUGAUGACAUCACUUCUGCAAAGCAAAGGUCCUGGGGAAAAAAUUCUGCUGUGAAAUUCAGAAGGAAUAGGAAGAGUACAAUCCUCUUUCAGACAUUUCCCAGAGCAAUUCAUUCCCGCCCCCCUUGAUCAAUCACGUUAUGGUAUUAUUUUGUAAGGUUGCCCAUUACACUAAUGUUUUUUUAUGUACAAAGGACACUGUGUCCUUGGUUCUGAAUUUCUUUGCUCCUGUGUGUUUAAAUCACAGUUCUGAAAUACAAUCCAAGGAACUGGCAUUUAAUUUUCUUUCUGGUAAUGAUGGUGAUACUUCACACAGAUUUGAACAGAUGAGGGCAACAGAAACGGGCAAUCAUUCUAUAAACGAAUGUAGCAUGGACAUCAUUUCAAACAACCAGGAGCUGUCGGAGGAUUUGGGACAAGGAAAUACUGCAAGAUUUGAAAAGCUUGUAUUGUGUCAAUAUGGAUGCUGUCAUUAUAUAGUUGAGUCACUAGAUGGUGCUGGACUGGUAUCUGAAGUGAGCCAGGAGUUUCCUGUUACUGUUCUUUUUAAAGAGAUAUAAUAAAGUUCUUUUCUAGCUUCCUAGUA